AUGGCACAAAUUCUUGGACGUAUUGAAGGACACAAAUUGAUACCACAAUAUUCAUGGUGUCUAUGUGGGGACAGCAGUGUCUAUUUUAGUGUGAGUUGGAAUAUGCGUGCUCUUCGUUCUCUGUCUUCAAGAGUUCACUAUCUUGCACAUGAUCGACAUGCAUCCUUCCUUGUGCAGGAAGUCCUGCAGUCACUUGAAGAGCCAGCCUUGCAGCUCAUGGAGUCUCUGCGGACUGUUGAUGACAAUGGCGGGGAACCUCCAUAUAACCAUCUCCACUGCCACGCACUGCGGAGUGCCACAUGUCUCCGUCACCUGUUGAAAGAGCUCAGCGGAGCUUGGACUUGCAACGAGGCUGGUGCCGCCACGCCGGAGCAGUCCCUGGAGGGGCUGGAGACUCCCAGGCUGGAGAAAUGCGAGCUGCAACUGCUACAGCACCACAUGCUGUGGGUCCUGUCAUGCAAAGGAGACACGCUGUGCAGGCUUGUGUCUGCGGAGGGCCUACCCUGUUGUGGAGGUGCUGGCAGCCUUUGGAGGUGCAUUCACGGUGUCAUGUCCGCCUGGGUGUCGAUGCAUCGUGGACACACAGACAUCUGGCCUGAGAUUUGCUGCAUCGUAGACGCCAUGGAGGAAUCGGGGAAUGGCACCACCCCCGAUGAACGUGUCUCGUUGUCUGACGUGCCGGUGUCGCUGACUGGCGGACCCCUUGCAUCAGCACGGUCCGCCUCAGUCUCCGUGGCCGACUUCAGGAUCGAGCUUCCUCGGUGCAGCACGACGAUGCUGGUUUGUGAGAGGCCCCCUCAGUGGCACUGUGUGGUUUGCAACAGGGGCUACGCCCUCCCCCCCCAGGCCCUGUAUGGCGACGACGGGUUGCCGCCGGAGUGCCUGUUUUGUGGGAUGCGGCUGACCACAAUGACCACAAGGCAUGUGCUGGCGGCCCCGGGCAGCCUCAGGCCGACGCUGCGGGCCUCAGGGACCUGA